GCUCAGCGCUGUUCGGCGCAACGGGGGGUCAGCCCUUGGGAAGCGUUGGACUAUAUGGUAGGGUGCGAGUGACCCCGCGCGACUUGGAGCUCGAUGGCCCCGGGUUGUUUGGGGCGUCCGCCUCUCGCGCUAUUCUGAGCUGGAGACCGAGGCGCAUGAAAAUGCAUUCGCUUCCAUAGGACGCUGCAUUGUGGCUUGAAGGUUCAAGGGAAGGGUUCAAACGACCCCGCCGUACGAACUUUUGUCGGGGGGCGCUCCCGGCCCCGGGCUCUUGUGCGCGCAUUAGGGCUUCGGGUCGCAAGCAAGACGAUACAGGAACCGACCAAUCGAUAGUCUUGUGCGACCGUGCACGUGUGCAGCAAUAGUUAGGUCGAUAACCACGUUGAACUUGCGUCUCUCUUCGUGGCGCCUCCUGCUUGGUGCUCCACUUCACUUGUCGCUAUAUAGCACAGCGUUGAAAGCAAAGGCCACACUAAUACAGCCGGGCUCGAGAGUCCGUCUGCGUUUGCAUUGUUGGCCAAGGGCUGCUUUGUAGCCAAAGCCAUACACGAAGCUUCACUUGAUUAGCUUUACGACCCUCAGCCGAAUCCUGCCAGUAUGACCGUUGCCGAGCAGCCCGUGGCACUCGUGCCCAGCGGCAAGGUGCAGGCGCCCGACGCUAUCGUAUCGCAAGCGGUCGAGCUCGGCGCUCCGUAUGAGCCUCCGCUCUCGCCCGAGGAUGCCGACUGGUCGCAGCACGUUCUUCCCUCAGCUGUGGACAAGCGCGACCAGGACACGCCCGACAACUGGGUGCGGCGCGACCCCCGCAUCCUGCGCCUCACCGGCCGGCACCCGCUCAACUGCGAGCCGCCCAUGUCCGUGCUCAUGCAGUACGGUUUCAUCACGCCGCCGGCCGUACACUUCGUGCGCAACCACGGCGCCGCGCCGCGCAUCCGCUGGGAUGAGCACCGCAUCGAGAUCAACGGCCUGGUCAACAAGCCGUUGACUUUGACCAUGGACGAGCUGGUGGCGCUGCCCUCCGUCACCUUCCCGGUGACGCUGGUGUGCGCUGGCAACCGCCGCAAGGAGGAGAACAUGCUGAAGAAGAGCAUUGGCUUCAACUGGGGCCCUUGUGCCACCAGCACCACCUACUGGACGGGCGUGCGGCUGCGCGACCUGUUGCAGCACGCCGGCAUCAAGACGCCGGCCGAGGGCGCCCGCUUCGUGUGCUUCCGCGGCCCCAAGGGCGAGCUGCCACGUGGCGAGGACGGCUCGUACGGCACCUCUCUGACGUACGCCAAGGCCAUGGACCCCGCCUCGGACGUUAUCAUCGCAUACAAGCAGAACCACAGGUGGCUGACGCCCGACCACGGCUUCCCGGUGCGCAUCAUCAUCCCGGGCUUCAUCGGCGGCCGCAUGGUCAAGUGGCUGAGCGAGAUCACCGUCAUGGACACGGAGUCGCAGAACUUCUACCACUUCAUGGACAACCGCGUGCUGCCCAGCCACGUGGACGAGGAGCUGGCCAAGAAGGAGGGCUGGUGGUACAAGCCCGAGUUCAUCAUCAACGACCUCAACAUCAACAGCGCGAUGGCUCGGCCCUGGCACGACGAGCUGGUCCCGCUGGACGCCAACCGGCCCUACACCAUCAAGGGUUACGCCUACGCCGGCGGCGGCCGCAAGAUCAUCCGCUGCGAGGUCUCGCUGGACGACGGCAAGACCUGGCGCCUGGGCGACAUCCAGCGCUUCGAGGAGCCCAACGAGUACGGCAAGCACUGGUGCUGGGUGCACUGGACGCUGGAGGUGAACACGUUUGACUUCCUGUCCGCCAAGGAGGUGCUGUGCCGCGCCUGGGAUGAGACCAUGAACACGCAGCCGGCGGUGAUCACCUGGAACCUGAUGGGCAUGAUGAACAACUGCUACUUCCGCAUCAAGAUCCACCCGGAGGUGGACCCAGCCACGGGCGUCAUGGGCCUGCGCUUCCAGCACCCGGCCCCCGUGGAGCUGGGCGACAAGGGCAACAUGGGCUGGCGCGAGGAGGACAACCUGGUGGCGCAGGCCGUGGCGGCGGCGCGCGACGGCGGAGGCGCGGCGGCGGCACCGCCGCCGCCGCCUCCGGCGGCGCUGCUGGCGAAUGGCGGCCCCAAGCAGUACACGCUGGAGGAGGUGGCGGAGCACGCGAGCGAGGAGAGCUGCUGGUUCGUGCACGAGGGCCGGGUGUACGACGCCACGCCCUACCUGAAUGACCAACCGGGUGGCGCCGAGUCCAUCCUGAUCACUGCGGGCGCGGACGCCACAGACGAGUUCAACGCCAUCCACAGCUCCAAAGCCAAGGCCAUGCUGGCCCAGUACUACAUCGGUGACCUCGUGGCAUCAAAACCAGCAACCGCCAACGGCACGGCAACCGCCAACGGCAACGGCACGGCAACUGCCAACGGCACCGCGGCGGCGGCGCCGCCCGCCGACCCUCUGGUUGUGCUGACGGGUCGCGCCAAGGUGAAGCUACCGCUGGUGGAGCGGAUUGAGCUCAACCGCAACACGCGCAUAUUCCGGUUCGGCCUGCCCUCGCCGGAGCACCGCAUCGGCCUGCCGGUGGGCAAGCACGUGUUCGUGUACGCGCAGGUGGGCGGCGAGAACGUGAUGCGCGCCUACACGCCCAUCAGCGGGGACGAGGAGAAGGGCCGGCUGGACAUGCUCAUCAAGGUGUACUUUAAGGGCGAGCACGCGUCCUACCCCGAGGGCGGCAAGAUGAGCCAGCAUUUCGACUCGCUCGCCAUCGGCGACUGCCUGGAGUUCAAGGGGCCGCUGGGGCACUUCGUGUACAACGGCCGCGGAAGCUACACGCUCAACGGCAAGGUGACCAAGCACGCCAGUCACAUGUCGUUUGUUGCGGGCGGCACGGGCAUCACGCCCUGCUACGCGGUCAUCAAGGCCGCACUGCGCGACCCCGAGGACAACACCAAGCUGGCGCUGCUGUUCGCCAACACACACGAGGACGACAUUCUGCUGCGCGAGGAGCUGGACGAGCUCGCAAACAACCACCCCGAGCGCUUCCGGCUGUGGUACACGGUGUCACAGCCCAAGGACGCGGCGACCUGGAAGUACGACGUGGGGCGUGUGAGCAAGGACAUGUUCACGGAGCACCUCUUCGCCAGCACGGGCGAGGACUGCCUCAGCCUCAUGUGCGGGCCGCACGGCAUGAUCGAGCACUGCUGCGUGCCGUUCCUGGAGGCCAUGGGCUACAGCAAGGACCGCCAGAUCCAGUUCUAGAUCGCUAGAGAUUGUGGCCACGGUUGGAUCAUGCGACCAGCAGGAUUGGAUCCGAAUCCAGGCAUCUGGGCGGAUGCCAGGGCAGGGGCAGGGGCAGCGGUCGUGGGAGCGUGUGUGAGCCGGAUAAGGGCUGGCACAGGCCACGGCCGCAGCGGCCUUUUGUGCAGUUUGACGACGGAAGUGUGCGUCUGUGUGGUUGUGUGUGAGAGCUAGGCAGGACCGCAGGGUCAGACAGAGUGCGCCCGGCUUGGCUGCGGCGCACUGGGACGCGUUGGCAGUUUAAAACCUGCGCUGAGGGGACAAACGAGUUUGGCAACAGUAGGCAGUUAAAAGAUAGAAUGUGUAGGUCAGUUUCCCAGUGGGCAAAUGAGUUGUGCAAGCCUGCAAACGGCAGGAAGCAUGGCAAGGAUAUUACUGAUUGACUGCAGCAGGGGAUAGCAGUAGUGGCACAGCAGAGUGCCCGAGAGAGUGUGUGCACGUGCUAGUUUUGGAGUCAGGCACCGCCGUUGAGAUGAUGUAUUGAUGACGCAGCAUUUCAUGUGACAUAGGGAGGCUUUCCAUGCGGUUAUUAUAUUAUGUCAGGAAAGUGCCUGACAGCGUUUAGCGCGUGGGGAGAAGUACGACCCUCCGUGGGCUGAACCCACGUUAGGGCGUGGGUUGGUCAGGAGGGUGGGUGCCAUGCAUGAAGCAGAGGGCCGGGGCGUUAGCCCGUUUUGGUGAGAGCUUGUUUGAUGCAAUGCGAUACAUAAUCAUAAGGGGGUUUUGGCGCGUGAGAGUGCGACCUGUGUAUGGCAGCACGCCAUCGGUGCCAACCGGCGAAGGUGCAGGAGGUGCAGGUAAAGCUACAUAUAGACACCCCCUGCCGCACAGUUGUAAAUUAAGCAAGCG